AUGAGCAGCAUCACUCAGCUCUUUGGUGAUUUGUGUGAAGUCCACAUGACUGGAUUCCCAUGGAAUAUUGGAAUAGGCGGCAAAAAGAGAAGCAAGAAACAGACCAAACAAUGUCUCAAGAGGCUGGCAUAUGACACACUGUUCAUCCACUUGUUCCAAGAAGAAGCUCGAAAGUUGCAGCAAAGUUCCAAAAAGCUUCCAGUGAAAAAUAAAAUGCUGCUGUUGUCCUUUAAUUUGCGUGUUAGUGACAUGAACUCUGAGGCAGACCGACUAGAGGAGCUCUUGGAAACAAUAGAAAGGUUUAGUGGGGAACAGUUCACAAAUUUGUGUUCUGUUCUUGAGCUCUUGGCAGAUCUUUCAGGCACUGGGCCACCCCAAAUCCUUCCACGAAAAAGGGACAUCUUUAAAAACAACAAGUAUGUUGGCAGGAGGCCGCAGUACCAGGAAUUUGACUAUUAUGAUGUUAGUGUAUUUGAAGCGGACAUCGGAACCUUUCUGGCAUAUGAAGAAUUUGAUAUAAGUAACACUGUCCACAGUACACUUCAGCUCAUGGAGGCUGCACCAGGCAGUGGUCUUCCAGCCACAGGCCUUUUCUCUCAGAACUCCACAAGUGAUAAAUUUGAGAAAGAGACUCGUGUGUCACUCUUUGGUGCCCUUGUUCAUACCCGAACCAAUGAUAUGGAUAUUAAGCUAGAUCUGCCACCUGUGCCAGAUAGUGCUGACCUGUCUGGGCUUGCCAUCAAAGUUCCACAAAGCAUUGAUCAGUCAGAAGAUGAGGGUUUCCAAUCUGCAUCAAACAUGACUCCUGAUUCUCAGUCAGAACCCAGUGUAACUCCUGACAUUGAUUUGUGGGAGGCCGUCCUCACAUAUACCCCCAGUAAACGUCGUUGUUGGGAAAGGAUAGGCUUUCCUCCAGGUAAAAGAGAAGAUCCCUAUCUCACAGAGGCCGGCCGAGAAGCAUUUGAUAAAAUUUAUAAAAUUUACGAGGGAGGUUUGCAGAUGCUCAGUAACACAGCUAUACAGUCAGCACCUCAUGUGAUGCUUAAAGAGCCUGAGCUGGUGAAGGAUGUUCUCAAUGUUCUUAUUGGUGUUGUGUCCUCUACCUUCUCCUUCAACCAGUCUACUCAAGUCUUUGUAGUUAAGCAGGGUAUCUAUGUAUCUGGAACUUCCCCUGAAAACAUAGCAAAUCUGUUGGCACAAGUGGCUGAAUAUGGGACUUGCUAUACCAGGCUGAGUCAUUUCUCAUUGCAGUCUGCUCUGGACUCCUCACAAAGCAAAGGCCUUGUAUUUCAGGCUUUUAAAAGUGGCCUCAGAAAAUACUUGCAGUACUAUCGUGCAUGUGUUCUGUCAACUCCAAAUACACUAUCUCUUCUCACUAUCAGCUUCCUCUUUAGAAAACUUGGGCGCCAAUUAAGAUACUUAGCAGAACUUUGCUGCAUUGGGACAUUGGGGAAUGGGUGGCAACAGGGGGAACAACUUUUCAUUUCCUACAGGAGUAAAGUUGCUCUCAUAUUUGUACAAAGAAUCUCUUGAAAACAGCAGUAAUGAAAACUAUCCAAUCUUGUUAUCCCUGCUAAAGUCCAGUUGUGAGCCAUACACUAGGUUCAUCUAUGACUGGGUCUACAGUGGUGUAUUGAGGGAUAUUUUUAAAGAAUUCAUGAUCCAAGUCAAUGAAGAUUUCCUAGGAUUUAGAGAUCAGCGUUACUGGAUCCAUGGAUAUAUUUUGAUAUCCAAGGAAGUAGAAGAUUGUGUGCCAGUCUUCUUAAAGCACCUUGCUAAUGAAAUAUAUAUGUGUGGGAAAACCAUAAACUUAUUGAAAUUAUGCUGCCCCAAGCAUUACAUUUGCUGGUCUGACAUCCCUGUACCUCGAAUAUCUGUUACCUUUUCUUUGGAAGAACUAAAGGAAAUGAAAAAAGAUUGUGCCAUUUAUGUGGCCCGAAUGGAGAGAAUUGCUCGAUACAGCAGCAUCAGCAAGGAGGAAAAGGAACUGCAAGCAGAAUUUGCAAAGCAGGAUCUUAUCAUUCAGGCACGAGAAACAGCAGAGAAACUCUUGGAAAGAUUUAAAGAUAGGCAAUUGGCCGAGAAAAUAUCUUUGGACACAAAGAAGAGAGAACUCUUUUUGAAGCUGAAAGAACAGUUUGAGAAAGAUCAAGAGCGACGGCUGGCUACCAGACAAGAGGAGGCAGAUGAUGAUUUCAGUUAUGCUCGAGAGUUGCGUGAUCGUGAGCAAAGGUUAAAAGCAUUAGAAGAGGAACUGGAGAACAAAGCUAGAGAGGAACUUAUAGAACAUUAUAGCAGACUAUCUGAGGAAGCUACUCGAAAAGAGCAGAAAGCUCUAUGGAAGCUCCAACGUCAUAAGCUGGAAACUGCUCGCCUGAAGUUCUUCUGGGAUGAUGAAAAGCACAUACAGGAGUUGCUGAAGCAGAAUCCUGUGGCCCAGUCUACAGAAAAUAUAAAUACUUUACCACUUCCAGAGAUUUCACCUACUGAACCAACGUCUUUAAGUGACAAUGUCAAUGAGGAAGAAACAAGAGAAGAGAAUCUCAUUAUUGCACGUGCUCCAUCACCUCUUCUAGAAAAUAAACUGUCUCCUUUAAUUGUAGCUGAGAAAGAAGACACAGAUUGUUGUCAUCCGAGCUUAUGUACUCCUGGUGUGGACUUUUCUGAUUUUCUUCCUGUGACAGCCGCUGAGAAACAAGACACUGAAUUGACUAGUGAUCUCUCACAAGUGGAUGAUGCUUUAAAAGGCAUAGGCUCAGAUCUUGCAAAGUCUAAAGAAAAACAAAUUGUCACUCCUGUAAGUGACUAUGACUUCAACACUGUGUUGAAACCAGUCCCAUUUACACAGGUUUCUCAAGGACACAUACAAAUUGGAGAAUAUAUAUCUAAUGAACAGCCCAGAAGGCCACGUUGGAACUUUCAUGGCCAUGCGUCAGAUGCCAACAUUAAAGUUGGAGAAUAUGUUCCUGAUACACCUGUGACGAUUCCACAGCCUAGUCAGCAUGGUCAUUCUUCUGAUUCUCACAUUAAUAUUGGAGACUUCAUGUCUGAUGUCCAGCCCUCAAGACCUCACUGGAACCUCUAUGGGCAUGUCUCUGAGGGGCACAUAAAAAUAGGAGAAUAUGCUUCUGAUGUAGAGCCUUCUAGACCCAGGCAGAAUAUCUAUGGGCAUUCCUCAGAGGCAAAUAUCAAGGUUGGUGAAAAUGUUUCAGAUGUGAAACCUUCAAGACCACGUUGGAAUGUCCAUGGGCAUGCUUCUGAUGCCAAUAUCAAAAUUGGAGAGAAUGUUUCUGAAGUUGUUUCCUCACGACCUAGGUGGAACAUACAUGGACAUGCUUCACAGUCCCAUAUACAGAUCGGCAGUCUUGUCUCAGAUGUAGAACCAAUAAAACCACGCUGGAGUCCUUUUGGACAUGCCACACAAUCCAGCAUUAAAAUUGGAGAAUGGUCUUCCUCAGUAGAUGACACUGUGACUCCUGUACCUAAAACAGAAUUUGCCCAUCCAUCUGACUCCACAAUCCAGAACGUAAUUUACGGUGAAAGAAAGGACUUUGAAAGGCCGCCUGAAACUCCAGAAACAGAGGACUUUUCUUCAGAACAAACAUGCUCAUCAGAUCCUGUAACUGUAGUAUCACCAUCUAGUAUGAAAGAGGAGGAAAGUGAAGAAGGCCUUCAAGCAGCACCUGAAAAUAUGACUGAAGACAGCAGACCAGCGUCAACAGGAUCACCUGUAAAUAUUAAGAGUGAAGAUCCUACUUGCAGCUAUGAAGAAUCUGGCAACACCACACACAGUGAAGAUGUGCAAGUUCCUGAGGCCAAAGAAGUGAAUAAUGUCGAGGAUGAAACUUGGCAAAAAGAGCAAGAUUAUAUCCAGUCACUGGCGGAUAAAUAUUGCCUGGAGAAAUAUCAAGACAGCUAUGCAAUGAUGUCAGAGCCUCCAGUUCUCCAAAUGCUUAACCAUGUAAUCACCGGAGAGUUCUCCCUGCCUAUGGACCCCAAUGUGCACUCGGCCACUGAUGAGACUGCUGUUAUGCUCAUUGAGCUCCUCUCCCUACCAGUGCUGAUGAAGUAUUCUGUUACUGCACCCAUUGUAUCCCAUGUUUCUCUUGUGAACAAAGCUGUGGUGGAUUUUUACUUUGUGGAGCUGAAUAUGGAAAAACAUUUUGUAGCAAUCCGUCACUUUCUGCUUAUGGAAGAUGGGGAAUUUGCUCAGUCACUUAGUGACCAGCUUUUUGAAAAGCUUGUUUCAGGACAGACGCCCGGUGAGCUGUUCACCCCUCUAGUCCUGAAUUCUAUCCUGAACAAAGCUCUGCAGUACAGUCUACAUGGAGAUUCUCAGCUCGCUUCCAAUCUUUCCUUUGCUCUUAAAUAUAUCCCUGAAAUGUUCACUCCUGCAGCCCCAGAUAUUUUAAGCUGUCUGGAGCUGAGAUACAAGGUUUCUUGGCCUCUGAACAUUGUCAUUACAGACAGUUGUAUAAAUAAGUACAACAAAAUUUUCUCCUUUCUGCUACAACUGAAGCAUAUGGUUUGGACGCUAAGGGAUGUUUGGUUUCAUUUAAAACGUACAGCUUUAGUGAAUCAAGCAUCCAAUUCAGUACAGUACCGACAGCUCCAGCUGUAUCGACAUGAAAUGCAGCAUUUUGUGAAAGUUAUACAAGGGUAUAUUGCUAACCAAAUUCUGCAUGUUACAUGGGCUGAGUUUAGAAACAAACUUCGUACAGUCAGCAACCUGGAGGAAAUCCGCAAGGCGCACGUAGAAUACCUCAACAAGGCCCUUUUUAGGGGUCUUCUAACGGAGAAGGCAGCCCCAUUAAUGAACAUUAUACAUAGCAUUUUCAGUCUUAUCUUGAAGUUCCGUAUACAGCUCAUCUCUCAGCCAUGGGUUUGUGACAAGGAAAAGCAGAUGGCUAGCCACCCUAACUACACACUAAUGCAGCAGUCUUACAAUACUUUCAAGUAUUACUCUGACUUUUUGUUUGAAGUGGUAACCAAGCUUGUAAAUCGAGGAUACCAGCCACAUCUGGAAGAUUUCUUACUGCGGAUUAACUUUAACAAUUACUACAAAGAGAACUGA